AGCCUCUGUGUUCCGGAUCUUCAUAGAUGAACCUGGAUAUGGAGAUCUCCACUGGGGUUUCACAAGUCACAAGGGAAGGGAAGUAUGUGCAAUCUGAUGUCCCAAGGCAAUUUGGAUCACAAGAUGGUUCUUCUAAGACUCAGGUGCAUGCUCUUCUCAGCCUUUUGCUGCAUGUUUGCAGCUUCGUCAUUAAGAAUUUGCGACCUGGAAUUCAAAUAGCUGGAUCCUUCAAGGCUGCCAUAUUGAUAUUGUGCUGCAACACUUUCCAUGUCGCCUAUAGCUUUUGUCACGUUGUUUAUGGUUUGGGAGCCUCUUGUGAUGUUUUUACGAUGAUGUUCUUGAUGGAUCGCACUCUUGAAUGA